ACUUUGUAUACGACAAGACGAUUAGAACGCCUGGGCCAACGACGUCAUCGGUCAAACCAGGCUUGUCAGCCAACUCUCCUAUCACCAGGUGUGGCCGGGCAAGAUCCCUGCUAGGCGCCUGCUCUUGCCAUGCGGAGGACGAGCUAUGAUGUAGAUGUUGCUGUUCCUGCGGCCUGCGGCGCGCAACCGCUUACCCUCAUCUUCCUAUAAAUCUUUCUGUAUUCUUCUCGAUUCGUAUGUCUGGCGAAGAAAGCACCCAUCGCAUCUCGCUAGUGGACAACAGUCGUCACCCACAGUCAGAAACGAACAUGUCUGCAAACGAAGAGAAGGAGAAUGUCCAGCCGGAUAGUGGGCAGGAGACGGGCACCCAAAAGAAAGGAGGUACGUUUACCCCUGAUGUUUGCGAGGACACCUAUGAAGACGAUGCUGAUGGAGGUGCCCAGGCUCCUGGAUCUCAAAGCCAGAAGAGAUGGGAAACAACAUUGGAGGGAAGAUCGAAGACACCCUUUCACCUGUUGGGAAGUACGCUGGCAAGGGCUUCGAGAAGGCUGCACAACCAAUUGGUGGCGUCGUUGAUCCCACAGUCGGCGGCAUCAUGCGCAUGGGCAAAGGAUUUGGAGAUCAGUUUGGUGUCGGCUUUGGUAACGAAGGAGGUGGCCCAGCCAAACAACAAGAGGCGGAACAUGAGAAUUUGAAGAAGGGGUUGGGAGGGAAUGAGCAGAAUGCAAGCAACCCCUUGGGCCUGUGAGGAGGCACAUGUUUACAUAUACCGAUGAGAGGGUCGCUGUCCAUAUAUGGCCUUGCUUGACAGGGCUGUGUGCACAAAAGGAUGGUCAUAUUUAACGAUAUAUAUACCUACGGGGGUUGAGUUUGAAGGAGGAAAUGCGGUGUUUUGGGGGGCAAUGGACGAUACAUUCAUUGAUCACAUAUUUGUAUUUUUGGAAUGAUAUGUACCUAGCUAGGUACUUUUAUGCAUGUAUAAAAACUGGGAAACCUGAC